UACGCGUCGUACAAAGCGAUCGAAUCCGCGUCCAAGUCUGACGACACGCAGUGGCUCACGUACUGGGUCGUGUACGCGUUUCUCCUCAUCGGCGAAUCCCUCAGCGAGUACAUGCUCGUGUGGAUCCCCGGGUAUCGGUACGUCAAGUGCGCGCUCAUCUUCUGGCUCGCGUCCCCGCGGUUCAAAGGCGCCGCGGUGCUGUACGACAAGGUCGUGAAGGAUGCUCUGAAAAAG